UAUGAGACUUUUGGUCAUUAUCUUUAUUGUGACAUUCAUAUGUACAGCAUAUGCAGGUGCUAAUUGUGUUUAAGCAUUCUGCUCUAAUGAAAUUAAAUAAUGUAAGGGAGAUUAAACUUGUCAAUAACAUAUAGCUAAAUGUUCUAAUGACUUUAGAAAGAAUGUUAAAAAAGCUUAGGAUUCUAAAGCUUAUAAAGGAACUGAACAUGCAUUAGAUGAUGUAUAAGUUAUUCAAUGAUUUAAUUAGUUUAAUUAUUGUAUGCGAACCAACUAAAAUGCCAGAGCCAUUAAUGACUGUCAAGCAAGGCAUUGUCUAAAAAACAAUUUGAUUGGCAUAGAUAUUGAUAUUGAAAAUUUAGAGAAAAUUAUUGCAUGAU